CACAGAGCUCUUUCCUUGAGAGAAGCUUUCUGCCUCCUGUCACUUUCUGCAGCUCACUCACCUCCCAGAAUCAGUCCCUUUCUCCUCUCCUUCAGAGCGAAGGGUUUAGUGGCGCAAAGAUGAACGAAGCACGGCCACGUUACAUCAUCAACCGUCCAGCUUAUUCUAGCAACUACUUUGAUGAAGAGUUUGAGAGAAAAAAUAGAAGUUACCCACUUGGGGAGAAAAUAAAGAAUCUUUUCAGAUGUUCACCAUCCAGAUUCAAACUCAUCCUGUACAGCCUGUUUCCUAUUCUUGUAUGGCUUCCAAAAUAUAAAAUCAAAGAUUAUAUUGUGCCCGAUGUCCUUGGUGGAAUCAGUGCUGGGACUAUUCAGGUGCCUCAAGGUAUGGCCUUUGCUCUGUUGGCCAACCUACCUCCGAUCAAUGGGCUCUACUCGUCCUUCUUCCCUCUGAUAGCCUAUUUCUUGCUAGGAGGUGUUCAUCAAAUGGUCCCAGGCACUUUUGCAGUCAUCAGUAUUAUUGUGGGGAAUGUCUGUCAUGAACUGGCUCCUGAUUCCGACUUCCAGUACUUUAACCACACAGCCAAUGAGGUGAUGAUUAACAACACAGCCAUGGAAGCAGCCAGACUGGAGAUCUCUGCCACCUUGGCUUGCCUGACAGCCAUAAUCCAGAUAUGCCUAGGAUUUGUGCAGUUUGGCUUCGUUGCGAUCUACCUCUCAGAAUCCUUCAUCAGGGGCUUCAUGACAGCAGCUGGCCUGCAGAUCCUCAUCUCUGUGCUCAAGUAUAUCUUUGGCCUGAAGAUUGACUCUUACACAGGACCCCUUGCCAUUGUUUAUACCUUUAUCGAUAUUUGCAAAAACUUGCCCAAGACCAAUAUAGCCUCCCUCGUCUUUGCAUUGAUCAGCACUGUGCUUCUGAUUAUUGUGAAGGAGCUGAAUAUGAAAUACAUGAAGAAGAUUCGAGUCCCCAUUCCCAUGGAGAUUGUUAUAGUCAUUGUAGCUACUGCAAUUUCUGGAAGCUUUGAUAUGCCUGAUAAAUAUGACAUGCCCAUUGUUGGCCAUAUUAAUAUGGGAUUUCCAUCUGCUACUCUUCCCGAGGUGGGCAAGUGGAAGGACAUGAUUGGCACAGCUUUCUCACUUGCCAUUGUGGGCUAUGUGAUCAACCUGGCCAUGGGCAGAACUCUUGGAACCAAGCAUGGCUAUGAUGUGGACCCUAACCAGGAAAUGCUGGCCCUUGGCUGCAGCAACUUUUUUGGAUCCUUUUUCAAAAUCCACGUAAUUUGCUGUGCUCUUUCUGUGACCUUAGCUGUGGAUGGAGCUGGAGGAAAAUCUCAGAUGGCAAGCUUUUGUGUGGCAGUGGUCGUGAUGAUAACCAUGUUGUCCUUGGGAAUCUACCUCGGCCCUCUUCCUAAGGCUGUGUUGGGAGCCUUGAUAGCUGUGAACCUGAAGAAUUCUCUCAAGCAAUUGACUGAUCCUUACUACCUCUGGAAAAAAAGCAAGCUGGACUGUGUGGUCUGGGUGGUGAGCUUCCUGUCAGCUUUCUUCCUGGGCUUGCCCUUUGGACUCGCUGUGGGAGUGGGUUUUUCCAUCCUUGUGGUGGUUUUCCAUACCCAGUUUCGCAAUGGUUGUGUCAUUGGUCCUGUAGCUGCUACUGAUAUAUACAAAAAUCCCAAAGUCUACAACAAGGUCCGAGAAAUUGAAGGAAUUAAAAUUGUUACCUACUGCUCCCCUCUUUACUUCGCUAAUUCAGAGAUAUUCAGGGAGAAAGUUAUUGCCAAGACUGGUGUGGAUCCUAUCAAAGUCUACUUGGCGAGGAAAAAGUAUGUGAAGAAUCAAGAAAAGGCAAGGGCAACAUCAGAGAAAACAAGCAAACUAAAAUCGCUCUUCAGGAAAAACAAGACUAUGUCUCUGCAAGAGCUCCAGAAGGAUUUUGCAAGCAUGUCUCCGACAGAUACCAACAAUAACCAGACCUCCGCAAAUGGUAAAAGCGUCUCCUACAUUAACUUCAACCCAUCUGAAAAGCAGGCUGAACAGGGAACCAUUGCCAGUCAUCGCAGCAGCACCUGCAGCGCUAUCCCAGAAUCAAAUAUUGACCCCAUGACCACAGCGCCCCCAUUUGUCAACUUCCACACAAUUAUCCUGGAUAUGAGCGGCGUUUGCUUUGUGGACCUGAUGGGCACGAAAGCUUUGGGAAAGCUGUGCACCAACUAUCAGAGGAUUGGGAUUCAAGUAUUUCUGGCAAAUGUACAAGCCCAAGUGUAUGAUGAUAUCCGCACGGGGGGAGUCUUUGAAGAAGGAGGUCUUGAGCCCAGUCAUCUUUUCGUGACCAUUCAUGAUGCUGUUUUGUUUGCAACAAUGAAUGGAAACAGAGCCACGCAGCGACCUGACUUAGAGCAGAGGUCAAGUCAGAUAGAAGUCUCUAUCUCUGAUGAAUCACUGGAAGACAGCAGUGCUGAAUUCCAAAACUUAGAAGAGGAAAUGUUUGGAAGCAUUUUUCAUUCGGAUGCACAGACAGCACUGUGAGCUCAUGAGAAACACUCAUAUGA